GUCCGCCAUGUUUGUGUAUGACUUCAGCCUCGUCUUUGCAUAAAUACACUCACCUCCCCUUCGAGUCCCCCAAAAAACACCCCGCUAGCACCUGUUCCAAUGCACUUAUCCACCUUUUAAAGGAAAUAAACACCCUGAAGACAUCUGCCGUCCUUUGUGAUGGCGGCCAGUGCCCGAGAUGAGGAGUUUCAUGAGUAUGAUAAACCGGGAGCUGAGAGGUCGAGGAGGAGGAGAGGAGGAGAUGAUGAUGAUGAUCUGGACAGUGAUUUGGAAGGCGACCUGCUUGAGGAGGACUGGCUUUCAUCCAAGAAGAAUCCAUCAGAGCUGUCGGACGAGGAGCUGAACGACGACCUGCUGCAAAGUGACGAGGAAGAGCAGAACACCAGUGCGCAGGGUGCAGUGGUGAGCCUGAACGCGACGUUGGGUCUCAGCGAAUCGUACGAGCUCCAGGAAGGAGAUGAAUAUGCGGCAGAGGAGUACGGUGCGCCUGAGGGAGAGCAGGAGGAGGGGUACAGGGCAGACGAGUAUGGGGAUGCAGAGGGAAUGGAGUACAACACGGGAGGAAAUGAAGACGAAGUGCUGGACCUGCAGAUCAACGAGCCGCUGGACGAUGAAUUUCAAGUGGAGGAGCCGCAAGAAGUGCAGACUGACCAACAGGAAAUGACCGAGGCGGAGGGGGGGGAGCCUGAGGAGGAAGUCGAAGAUGUCUCGCAGGUUACAGAAGCAGAAGAGAUGGAGGCCGAGGCCGACGCGAAGGAAGAAUCUGACGAGGACGAAGAGGACGAUGAAGAAUCCGAGCGUCUGCGCUUCAAAACCGAGCGCAAAGACCGCACUGUGGUCCGUCUCUCAGAUACCACCAGCAAACGGCGGAACAUUCCGGAAACGCUGGAACUGACCGAAGAGGCUAAAGCGGACCUGAUGGAGUUUGAGGAGAAGGAAUGGCUGAGGAAACAAGGUCGCUUUGGUGGACGAGGGAGAGGAGGAGGAGUAGGGGGAGGAAGAGGAGGACCUCCCGCAUUCAUUAUGGGGGGUUUCCGUAAAGACGGAGGUGCAGGACGAGGGAGGAUGAACGAACCCAGACCUCCGCUGAUGCCGGUGAACUUAAUGCAGCCCAGAAUGAUUCAUCCUCAGUCCCAUCGUCCUCAGCCCCGCCCUUCCAUCCCACGUGGUGGUCCCGGUCUUUUCCCCACGCCACUCAUCCCGAUCCCCCAGCAGCCCCUGCAGUCCCUGAUGCCUCCGCGGUCGCCGGCGCAGCACCAGAGGCCCCAGCAGGAACUGCACCCACCACGCCCACACGGACACGCACUUCCACAUGCACACGCCAACCAGCAGCAGCAGCCCAAGAACAUUCACAUCAACCCGCAUUUCAGAGGCCCGUCGUCUUCCUCACCUGUCCAGGUUCCGUUGAUGUCGCCCGCUCCAAAUCAGCCCAGACCCAGCCUCGGCCCUCAGAGAUUCCCGGGCCCUGUGGAUUUCCAGCAGCACCUCCAGGGUAAUUUCCUCCAGCCUCAGAGGCCCCCGCCUCAGGAGCAGUGGAGAGGACCACCACCACCUCCACACCAGGAGAGGGAGCCGUUCUACAGCAACGAGCCACGGUUUCCAGCGCAACCCCUGUUCGAUCUCCCAGGCUCCGCCCCCCUGAUGAACAACAUGCUCCCUCUGUCCUUCCCUCAGCCGGGGCCAGGGUUCUGCCCCCCAGGCGGUGGAAUGUUCCAGAGAGACCUUCCUCCUCCUCGCCCCAAUUUGCCCCCUCCUCAACAGUCUCCUGCCCCGCCUGCGCCCCGCGGCUUCAUGGGACACAGGCAGCCGUUUCCUCCACAGCAGCACAACGCCCCCUUCAGUCCUCAGCACACGCCAUUCGGCAUGCAGGGCCUAAUGCAGUCACACCCUCAGCAGCAGCACCACGACCCUCCCCCACCUCUGCAUCAUCACCCGAUGCACCACCACCAGCAGCAGCACAGACAGGAAGUUCCUCCUCUUCCUCAUAAUCAGCACCACCAGCAUCAACACCAGGGCCAGCCUGGGGAGCAGCAUCCCAUCAUGCACCUCUCUCACCCGCCCUUCCGUCAGCCCAUUCUGGGUGGACCUCGACAGAUGAAGCCCCGCCCACAAAACAACAUGGGUCGCUUGAGAAUGGGGUCUCCUUCAUCCAUGCAGCAGCUCCAGAGCCACCCUCAGCGCAACAGUAACCUGCGCGAGCUCCCCAUCGCCCCCAGCAACAACUCCCCUGUCCGCCCCCCUCAGCCGAGGCCCAUGAUCAAGGUCACUCAGAAUGCCAGGCCUGGGCAGGGGGUUGGGGGAGGAGCCAUUGGACGAGGGCGUGGUUCUGCUAAAACCUCCCCGCCUCCAGGCAAUUCAGAGAUGAAGAAUGAAAUGCCAGCCACACAGACAAGCACACCUGUACAAAAAACACCAAACACGCCUGUGCAGGAUGAGGAAGAGGAUGAGGAGACCCGUCAGUACCGGCUGAAGAUCGAGGAACAGAAGCGAUUGCGUGAGGAAAUCCUUAAACGUAAGGAAAUGCGCAGGCAGAUGCAGGCCGGCGCGCGUAAAAAGGAGCUCCUGGAGCGCCUUGGGGGCCAAGCAACACCCCAAACACCCCCCAUGCAACCCCAAACCACCCCGACUCAACCCCAGACCACCCCAUCGCCCCCGUCAGCCACCCCCAACGGCGUUAAAUCCCGCCUACAGAACCCCAGCAUAGAGCAAAAGCAGAGCGUGCAGAACCCACAGAGACUCGUCCCACCGCUCCAGAGUCCCAACAUCGGCGCACCAUCGCCUCCAGAGGAGAAGAUCCCACCGAUCCAGAUGCAAGCUAACACCGUAAGGAAGAGGACCGUCAUGCAGCGCGUUAACUCCGGUGGCCUCGGCUCGCCUCAGAUCCCACAAAAAGUGCGAGUUGUUAAACGACUAACGGGCGGAGAGGAAGCUCCGCCCCUCCAGAAUCAGCCACAGCAGGUGAUUGGUCGAGCCGCUCCUCAGCAGAGACUGGGUGCCGUCAGGAAGGUCACGGUGGCAGCAGCUGGACCACAACAACAAUCACCACAGCAGCAGCCUGACGUGAACCAGAGUAACCGGGUGGUGGUCUCGGGCCGAGGACGCGGUCGUGGUGCUCGUGGCGGUCGGGUAGCGCCACAGAACAGGCCGAGUACCCGAGUCGCUGAGUCUCAGCCCAUCACGGUGUCUAUAGACGGCCUGUCGUCCUCCACCACAGAGAAACAGAUCAAAAACCUGCUCAACUCCAUUGGCCCUGUCCAGACGUUUAAGAUGAUGCCGCAGCAGCGGAAAGCCAUCGCCACGUUUGCGAAUCCUCAGCACGCGCUGAGUUUCCAGCACAGCUUCCACAGGCACAUGAUCGAUCUGUCCCACAUCGACGUGACCAUCAUCGACGGCUGAGCAUCGGGAACAAGAGAACGACCAGCGUAAACGCCGAGAGAUCGGAGCGAGCUCCCGGAAUCGAGGGCGCGUUUUACUCUAAAGCUCUCAAAACACUAAAGCAAGUUUUGGAGGAACUGAUGGUGGGGAAAAACAAACAAACAAAAAUGACAAACGACUCGGAUUUAUUCAUCCAUCCCUGGUUUCACUGAGAGCAGCUGUCCCUACGUUGUGUUAUCCACUCAAGUGAUAAUUCCCUAAACUGAUUCAAAAGUGGGGAAGCAGCUCUGACUGAAGAGACACCGUUUAUUAUUAUUAUAAUUAUUAUUAUUAUUAUUAUUAUUAUUAUUUUGACUGAUUGAUUGAUCAGUAAGUGAAACGAGAGGAAGGCUGUUUUUAUGCGAACCCGCAUAGUCGAUAACGAUGACGCUCGAUAACGGUCGCUCCCGUCCUCGUUUACACUUUUUUUAAAUACACACUCCUGGACAAGAUUUUUCUUUCUCUCUUUCCUUCUUUCUUUCUUUCUUUCUUUCUUUCUUUCAUUCUUUGAGAUGGAAAAGCAGGUUGGAGUUGGAGUUUUUUUUGCCGCCACUAGAGGGCAGUGUGCGAGUCGAAUUGUUUGUAAGCCAUUCGUUCACAGCGUAGUUAUGUUUAUUUGAGGUGGUAUGGAAGUACAUGUGGUUCGUAUUUCAGAAUGGUUCAUCCCAGUACAAUCACAUUUUCUCACAAUUAUGCAAUACGGGAUCAGAGUUUUAUUUGGAGGUCCGAUUUGCAGGUUUAAAUAUAUAUUUUUAUUAUCAACGUAAUCUCUUGAAUGGCUAGUUUUCCACAACAGCUAAAAUAAACAAAGAAAGAAUAAAAUUAAUUUGUCUCGAUUUCCUUCAGUGGAAUGUUAGCAGUAAGGUGGGGUUUUUUUGUUGUUGGGGUUUUUUUUUUUUUUUUUUUUUUUUUUUUUUUUUUGUUUUUUAAGGUUUAUACAUUUAAAUGAAAUAGUGAAAACACAACAGUGGUUCUGUGUCCUGCCCGUGUUCCAUAAAACGCCUAUGGUCGUAUAUGUGAGAAAUUCGUCGCCUCGUCUUUUUCAGUCAGACUGCAGCAUUUCCAGACUGGUCAAACAUGCUUGCUAGCGUAUUAGCAUUUGAUAAUUUUCGAUACGUUAACGGCAACAAAGCGGCAAACGGAAAUUUUUGCUAACCGGUGCGUGAUUUAGCCGUGGUUUUUUUUCUGUUUGUUAGAUUUUGAGACCUCAGUGUGUUUUCUCUUAGGUUUUUAUUUUUUAAAUACUAGCACUGCUUGCGGUGUCGCUAUUGUUACGUCCCAAAUGUUCAGUAUGUUUCCUCAAUUUGAAGGAAUUUUCCACUAACACUCUGCUAAUUUCACCCCAGCGCUUUGAUUUUUUCCCCCCUUCUUCAGCUUAUGUUAAGUGUAUAAUAUUUACAACUCCCUCGUUUCAUUUGCAACCGGAGCGUUAGAUUUUAAUAAGAUUGAGUUCUAAAGUGCACUUAGCCUCAUUUCCAUUCAGUUUGUAGCUCUUGUUACAUCCAAGCAUUGCGUUUUGUGUCUCAGUCUGAAGGAUUGUUAUGCUAGCUCUGUUCUAAUUAGCCUGUUUAGAUCAAUUUGUGGUGAUUUUAAGAGGUUAGGGGUUUGUUUUUGUGUUUUUUCCUGAGGUAAAAAUGUCCCCAUUUUUAUCAAUUUGUCCACUUUGUUACUUCAGCGCACUCUUCCAUUUCCCAAAUGUGAAGGAUUGUUAUGCUAGCCUUGCUAACUAGUGUUCUAGCAGCAUACAGAUCAGGCUUUCUUUCUCUAAUCUGUUCUGUCUCUUUCUAUUUUAUAUCCUACAUUAAAUGGUCGCUGUUUUUUUUCUUCUUCUUCUUUUUUAGUUUUAUAUAAAUGACCUGCUUCUUGUGCUACUUCUCAGUUUCGCUCAGCUUCUCUGUUCGAGUCUGACGGAUUAGCUUGCUAGCAUUGCGAACUACUUUGAGGUAAUUAUAGAUCAGUCGUUUUUUUUUUUUCCACCGGGCCACAACGAGAUUUUGUUUUGAAUCGCAUUUUCAUUCGUUUUCCGUUCAAGUCCGGACAUUUAGUGCUCCAGAGUCGUGAGGAUCGAAAGAUCGUUUCGCUAGCCUUGCUGACCAUCCUUGUGAGUGAUCGUCGUCAGUAUUUUCUUCUUCGUAUCCUGAGUUAUGAUGUUUUCCUCGGCCUUAGAUGGAUGUUUCAUUACGUCCCCGUCCCCUGACUUUCACAGUUUACUCGGUGCAUGUUAGCUAGUGUUUAUUGCUAUCUAGCGUUGUGGGCGAUUGCAGCUCAGUGUCUUUUCUCCUCAGGCUGUGGUUUUUAACAGGAUGGAUGUGUUUUGCACUACAUCACAGCGCCAUUUCCAUCGAUUUAAUCCGAAUGAAUGCCUCUUUUUAUGUUUCGAUCUUUUCGAUCCCCAUAGAAGCCGCCCUUGCCUUGUUCCUCUAGCAUCAAUUAUUCAUUAAUUGUCUAUUCUAUGCUUGUCCAGGAGUCACUGCGUGUCGGGAGCAGCCGCUAUCAGCGCUCACACUCAUGUACAUAAGAUGUGGCUAAAUUAGACGUUUGAGGAAUACCAACUGUAACAGCAAGUGAUUAUUUUUUUUCUUUUCUUUUUUUUUUCCCCCCCGCAUUAUAACUCUGGUUUAGUUGUUUUUUGUUUGUUUUUUUUGUACUAAAAUCAUUGCAUCGUUGUUGGAUCGUUUUACACGUUCUGUUUAAAGAAGCACGCUUAAGCCAAAGGUUUAUCUUUGGCAGGCUUAUUAUUUGAAGACGUUUUAAAGAUUAAAAAAAGGAAAAGAUCAAAAGAAUAAACCAUGGUCAUGUGUAUGCAAUGUAACGAUACGUAUGUGCAGGCGGUUCACUUUAAAGGUUUUGUGUAUGCGUGACGGUGGAAAAAAGUCUCUCUUCCUCAUUUCACCAUCUUAACGACUCCAUCCAUGUGUUUUGGGUUUAAGUGUGUGUGUGGGAGGGGGAAUACUUUUUUCAAUACUUUUUUCUUAGGCACUUUUUUGAGUUACUUCUUAAAUUCUUUAAAAAUUUUUUUUUUUUUUUUUUUUUUAAGCUUAGACUAAUAUAAAGAAAUAUAUUUUUCUCUCAUGAAAAAAUUUAAACCCAACAAGCUAUAGGUGAAUGCUGCUUUCACGUUUGGCGUAUUAUUAUUAUUAUUAUUAUUAGCAGUAUUAUUCAUUUAUUUAAUACAUUUUUUGGGGUGUGUUUUUGUUCCCAUUAUACAUAGUGAUAGUUAGUUAGCCAACACUAGCUUGGACUGGUAAGAGUGUUGCUAUGGUUGUAGUGUGGUUAUGUCACUUGUAUUUGGGGGGGGGGGGGGGGGGGGGUAAUUCAAACGUCCUGAUUUGCUCUAUAUAAAAUAUAUAUAUAUAUAUAUAUAUAAGUUAAUUUCAAGUUUUUAGUUAGAAGUGAUUUUAGAUAUAUUAAGUAGCUUAAGUGAAUGUCGGUCAUUUAUUAUUGUCUUGUCCACAGGUAUUCUCAUAAACAUUGGUAAGAUUAUACAUGGAUAUCAUUCUGUACGUGCAUGCUGAUUUUGUGCGCAUUUUUAUUUCAUGUCACAUUUAUUUAUUUAUUCCUUUAUUUAUUUAUUUGUUUGUUUAUUUAUUUUUAUACAUUUUGAUCUGCAGAUUUAAAGUGCACUUUAAGUCUUCAUGUAUAUGGAUUUAAAAAAAUUUUUUUUAAAUCCUCACGCGUUCAAAGCGUAUCGGCCGUGCCGACCCGUGUCACGUGACACAUUUCUAAAACGUGUAUAAGAUUUUAAAAACAAAACAGAAAAAUCUUAUAAGAAAGAAACCAGGGUUCAUAUUGAACCUUAAAGUAACUUCAUUAGAAGUUUGUUAGACGUUUAUUUAUUUAUUUAUUUAUUGAUUGUAUUUGUCGUACUGUGAUGUGAUUCAAUUAUUUAUUUGAACGUUCUGUAGGAUCUGCUCGUCAUUUAGGAGACUUUGUUAUAUUUUACUAAUUUCAGCCUCUGUUGUGUUUUUUCGCAGGUUAGAUGUUCCAGAGACUGCCAAAUGAGUGUCCCCCCCAACCCCCCCCCCCCCCCCCCCCCCCCCCCCCCCCUAUUUGUUUUAAAGGAACGGUUCAGCGACAAUUCCCCAGAUGUAGUCGAUCAGCUAAAGACAUGUUUGGUGUCCAGUGUUAGCUUCUUCGCUUUCCAGCAACAAGGCUAAUGAUGAUUGGGUGGGGGGAGGGGGGGGGAUUUAGGCCUGUGUUCAGCUAAAAAUAUUAGCCUCAUUGCUCCAGUGCAAAAGCUUCCAUCAGCCACCAAGAGUUUCAGCUGAUCGACUUUAAAGCGUUUUAUUUAUGUCUGACAUUUCAUCAUGGCUAAUUCAUUUGGCUAAAUUGGGCUAAUAAGGUGUUUUUAAUAUCUCUUAAAUGCUGACUUAGAAGCCAGUCUAAACACAGAGCCAUUCAGUGGAUUUGAGCUCAGAACCGUAAAGGAGCAGUGUGUAAGUUUUACAGCCCUCUGCUGCCUAUGAGACACCCGAAUCUAAAACAUCUCCUUCCGCAAACCUUAGACUUCCCACAACCAUUACAAUUAUCUUCGAGCUGCCUUUUAAAUAAUAAAUAAGAAAUGUAAACACAAAAUCAGCCAUUGUUUGUUUUUAAACUUGUCAAGUCACCUUAAUGUUUUAUUUUAUCUGUUUUAUCAGUCAUAAAGCAGAUAUUCUUUCUAAAUUUGGUUUGGGUUAUAUAGUGGAUUUGAUCUCAGAACCUUCUGGAAGGUUAAAGUAGCAGCGUGUCAUUUUUAAAGCCAUCCACGUGUUUGCGAGACUAGAACUGAAAGAAAAACCUUAAUCCUCACACCGUUGUUAAAAUUAUGCUCAAGUUUCCUUUAAGCAUUAGGGAUUAGAACUCAGAAACUUCUGGAACCUUUUAAUAUUUUUUAAAGCCUUCGGCUACCUUUGUGACAACUGAAACAAAAAAACAAUCGCCAAGCUUUCCUACGACUAAAAAAAAAAAAAUCAUAGUUAAUGAGGUGAAUCAGGCUUAAUGAGAAAUAUAAUAGGGAACCUGAUAUGAAGAGCCAGUAAGACCCAUUAGAGUUUUGAAAUUUUGUGAAUUACAGGUUGUUUUUUUUUACGGGGUCUUGGAAAUAAUCUGAUUAUUAAAGAAUUAGAAAUGGUUGUAAACUUUACAUACUGCACCUUUAACCGCUGAACCGGCACCUUUAAUAGAGAUUUCUGUCCAACUAAUGAUGGGUUUGUCCACAGCAUGUGAUUCCGGCGAUCAAGUUUAACUUCUAAUGCGAUUACAUUUCCCACAGGUCCAGGGUGGAUGAACAGAAUCACCAUCCUUCUAUCUCUGUCUUUUCUUUCUUUGCAGUAUUGCUAAACCCUAGAUAGAGAAAUCUAUGCAUCCUUUCAUCUCUGUAUCGGCAUAUCGGCUCGGCUUCUCCACACUGACUGCAGCAUUAAUGUUCACAUGACCUGCUUUUUAAAAAAUUUUUAUAUUAAAGCAGGGAGGAGGUGACGUGUGGAUUUCCUUAGUUUGUUUACCAUGGAUCAGUGACGCUGCACCCAAGCGAACAUUCACACACUCGCUCAGAGCUCCAAGCGAUUUGUCUGUCUGUUAAACACACACACACACACACACACACACACACACACACGUCUGCAUUGUUGUUGUGGAAAUGCUGCGUAUAAGAGACAAUGUACUGUACACACCAAAAGUCAUGUGAUCACUCGUUACUGUGUGGAGUAAACUGUGUGUUCCUAAACCGCUGUCAUUGACGUGUCAGUGUGUACACAUCCUUUUUCUGUCAUCAUGUAAAUGUCAAACUAAAUGUAAAUACAAAUCCAAAAGCAAUAAAACUACCUUAUACAA